AUGGCCGCCUUCUCUCGUUCUUGUAACAUGACAACUUUUUGCAGAAAAUGCGCGGGCAUAGCCAGAAGAUCUUGGCUUCGAUCUCCGCAGGUAUAUUUUAUACUUGAAUAUUUAUUUUAUGACUGUAUUUACCAAACUUAAAUGUUGAGGCAGCGGGGAAAUAUCCAAAAGUUGGAAUUCUUGAAUGGAAAGUGCAGAAAUUGUGUGCGUGCGUGGCAAACUAGGCGAUUUGUUGACAUGCGGUAAAAAUUUUUGCGUGAACAAGAGGCAGUUACUUCCAAUUAGUCGAUUUUCAGCUAAAUUGCAAUAUAUCCUGCCACUUCGAAGCUAUAAUAUGCGCCUUAAGUUGCAGGGUGAUGUUUCUCAUUGAAAUUUCGACGUCUCUUUUUGAGGGUCUGAGGGCUUGCCUAACCCUCAGUCAAGAAAAAAGGGGGCGUGAAGGGGGUGGAGGGCACGUUCACCAUGUUCCUUUGAUUUUUUUUCAAACACUUUUGAACGAAAACAGCUGCUCUUCACUGGCUUGCCAUUUUUGCGCAUAUUUAUCGACUACACAUGGUGAUGUUAUGAAAAAGAUCAGCUGAUUAGAAAUUUGCUGUCAAAUGUCACAUGUUUUGUCAUUCUUUGAAGUCCAACAAGCCAUUUUUUAUAUAAUUAGAUGUAGUCUGUGAACAUGGCAUAAUGAUGCUAAAUAAUUAGGGAGCACUAAUUAUACAGCUGUACAUUUUGAGAUUUGUUUGAACUUGAGAGAAUUACAUUUGCAGUGAUUAUUGUACAUGACUGUUCCUUUUAAUGUGCUGUUUAUGUCUGUGACUAGAGGGAAAAAAAAAAAUCAUUAUUUGUCUAUAACCAUGUCAUGAAGCAUGGCAUCUAAAUCUUGUCCAGUAAAGCCCUCCUCUCCAGUGGAAACUUUAUUACCUCUCCGGCUAGGGAAGUAAGAUCAAGUAAGGUUUCUGGGAAACUGCCCACCUACCCCUCCCCUAAGCCAACAUUAAUGCUUACCUCUCACUUAGGACAAAAAUUAUGACUUAGGGGAAGGGAAGGUGGUCAGUUACCAAGAAACCUCAAUUGAUCCUGGAAUGAUGUAUCUAUGUACACUAGGCUUUCUUAUUAUUAUUAAUUUUUUGUGCAGGUUGGAGCUUCAAGUGUUGUGCCUGUAAGGUGGUUGAACCUUCAAGAAUUCCAGAGCAAGAAAUUAAUGGCCGAUAAUGGUCUCCACGUGCAGAGAUUCAAAGUUGCAGAAAAUGCAAAAGAAGCUGUAGAAAUUGCUAAGGAAUUAAGUGAGUGAAAAGGUUUUUUUUAAUAUAAUACAAUGUUACAAUGUUACAGUGUAACAGUAACAAUGUAACUCGUGAAAGUGAAUAAGCUGCCCAUCCAGAGGGAUAGCCUGGAAGACAAAUUUGUUUUAAGCUGUGAGACAUUGUUUAUUUUUAUUCUUGUUAGAUGCAAAAGAGUUUGUUCUUAAGGCACAAAUCCUGGCUGGUGGAAGAGGAAAAGGAAAGUUUACAAGCGGUCUGCAGGGUGGUGUGCAUUUGACAACAGAGUAAGUAAUAACUGCAAAAGUCAGUCAUACGGGCACUAUGCAAGAUGCAUGUAGAUUAAUUUCUGUUAAAAAGAAGCAAGUGACAUCAAUUUUCUCCCAACAAGAGAAAAGCCUGGUAACAAAAAUUGAUAAAAUGAUUGGCAUAGAGGAAAUACUUUGAUCAUUUGUCCAAUUCUCCUGAUUAGUUCUUUAAAGAAAUAUGUGGAACUCAGUUGGUAGAAAUUGUCUUCGGAUAUUGGGGCUUGAAUAUGCUGGUGAAACAAAGAGUGGAAUUGACACUGGAUUUGAAGUGAUUAGAGAUCCUCAUUUCAAGCACCUUAAAUAUUUUUCAUUUUUUAUAGUAAUGUACAUGUAAUGUUAUAUUUAUUUUCAACUUUUGUUUUUAGUCCAAACAAAAUUGGUGAACUAACAGAACAGAUGGUAGGCUAUAAUUUAAUCACAAAACAGACACCUGAAGAUGGAGUCCUGGUGAACAAGGUGAAUGAAUUAUUUUGUUUUUCUUUGUUGUUUCAAGUGGUCAAGUUAGUCAAGUGUAAGAGGAGGUAAGCUUGAAAAGAGUAUACAGAUAUAUUGGAUCAAAAAAGAAACAAGAAAUCAAAUUUGGCAUUUGUGUGAUGUGAAGAGUUAUGCAAAUCUCAGAGGCUGCUAUCUACAUGUACCUCGGCCAAUAACAUUUUCCUUGAUCCGCCUGAUUCUUUGCAUCAUGCAAAAGCUGAAUUCAGUGAUAACAAUAAUUAUUAUUAUUCAUUUAAAACAGUUCUCCAUUUGUUAUUGGCUGAAAUCCCAUGGCUAAAAUAAUAAUCUUCAUAACCAGCUAGCAUUGACUAAAUUUGGAAGACAGUUGUGAUAAUAAUUGUGGAAAAUGAUGUCAAAAGUACAGCAGUAAUGCCAGAAAAAUGGAUGAAAACCAAGAAGCUCAUGUUAUGAGGUGUUAUCCACCCAGGCCAAUUAACCAGGCUAAUCAGCUUCAAUGGAUGACACUCUCCUUGAUCUCCAUAAUUCUUCAUAUCAUACUUAUCCUCAUUCAAUACAUGUAAUUGUUAAAAAUUACCGUAAAAUUCUGAAAAUAAGCCCCUCCAUGUAUAAGCCCCUCCAUAUAUAAGCCCCCCAAACCGGUAACACAAAAAACCCUCCAUUAAAUUGCCUCUCCAAAUAUAAUUCCCCCUGUGGCUUGUACUUGGAAAAUUGCCCUCAAAUACAAGGCAAAAACGAUAAAUUUACUUCCAACUAUAAGACUAGCCCAAUCGAUUUUGAAAUGCAAAUUUUCCUCUGUAGAUAAGCCCCUUCAAAUAUAAGCCCCUCCAAAAAUAAGCCCCUCAAAAAGGGUCUUUGAAAAAUAUAAGCCCCGGGGCUUAUUUUCAGAAUUUUACGGUAUUCCAGGGUAGGGAUGAAAAUGGUUUCUUUGCCUUACUUUGUCCAUUGUAUGACUUGUUUCUAAUCAGGUGAUGGUUGCAGAGAGUUAUGACAUUGCCCGGGAGACAUACCUUGCUAUACUAAUGGACAGAGCAUUCCAAGGGCCUGUGAUAGUCGCAAGUCCAAAAGGGGGAAUGGACAUUGAAGAAGUAGCAAAGACCACUCCUGAACAUAUACACAAGGUAAUUUUACAUGUGUGUGAAAGAGAUAUGCUACAGCUAUUGAUUAAGCAGCCAGUUUAGUUGAGAUAAUGGGGAGCUUAAAGAAUGGCGGCCAUGAAAACAAUAAUUGUUGUAUGAGCAAACAACAUCUUUGCACUUGUAAAAUUAUCCCUUUUGGUACAUUUCUUUGAGAUCCAAUGCAUGACUUUGAAGUGCAAUGUGAUGUUUUUGGAGAAUGUGAACAUACAAUGACGAAUUUUCCUUGUCUUUUUGAAUAAAGUUACAGCAUUGGAGAAUCCAACUCAGGAAAAUUUGCCUGCAUUUAGAAAUUGUUUAGAGCUUAAGUAAAAGCGAAAAGUUUGAUAAAAAGCAAAUUCACUUUUAAUGCUGUUUUCAUUGCCAUUGCCCUCGUAGUUACUUAGCUGUCCAUUAACUGUUUUAUGUUGAGGCGAGUUGUCAUGACAACAAUCCCAAGAACAGUUCCCCUGUGGGACAAAAUUUAGCCUGUGAGUGAUCUCUCUAAUUUUGGGGAAGUUGCGAGAAGUCAUCUGAAAGCUGCACGCGAAAGGAGACGCGUGUGCUUCGCCGCUCCCUCGCGCGUCCUCUUGAGGCACACUUCCUCGCAGGCUAGACAAAAUAUAGCUUAACAACUGUACAAAGAGGUUACAGAACUUAUUUGAUUAUUUGUUUAAUCCAUUGCGAGGACAGAAAGACACUGUUUAGGACUAAACUAUGUGUAAAUAAAGAACAGAACAACAAAGGAGUAGCGGGUGAAAACAGCUAGAACUCAGCAUUAGCAUGAAGUGUUCAGGUUUUUGUUAAAUCGUAAGCAUGAUGAGAUUUCUUAGUAUAAUAUUUUAUUCAUUUUUGUUAUUACAUUGUCUCUUAACAGUUAGCUGUUGACAUUUUCAAAGGAAUUCCUGAUGUAGAUGCCAGAUAUCUUGCAGACAAAUUAGAAUUUAAAGGACCAAUGUUAGAACAGGUAAUAAGGAGUUUAAUGUAGAAAGUAGCGUCGAACGACUUUAGAACCUUGUAAGAAAGUUAAUACAAGGAAAUAUUGAAUGUAUGAGAUGGUUACCGGUCGUUUCGAUACAAAGUUGUUUCGAUAAAAAUCAUUUUGAUACAAGUUUAUUCAUUUGAGGUGUAUAUAGUUCCAUGUACUUGACUUAAAGAACGAAGAUAUUCACCCAAAAUAUUUCUCUUGCUCACUUGCAAACUAUACUUGAAGUGGACAAAAUGUUUGUGCAAUUUCACUGGCAGCUUGAGUUUGUAUUGAAAUGACUUGUCUCAAAACGACAGGUUUCCUAUGAGAAUCAUGUAUAGGAACUGCGGGGUAAAGAAUUAAAUUAUAAAAGAAGAACAUUGCAGUUGUGGAGGCAACUUUUGCAGCUGUGAAAAGAAAGCCUGAAAAAAAUUCAGGCUUGUAAGUUAUUCGAACCCUUGACCUCUGUGAUACCGGCGCAGCGCUUUACCAUUUGAGAUAACAAACCAACUGGGAGCAGGUUGAACCAAUUCAAUGACCUUCUCGCAGUGUGUGUGUGUUAGCUCACUUUGCAGAGCGCCAGGCUGCUCUCGGUUUCCUCUUUUUUUGUAAGGUCGCCAUGAUCGAGUGCUUACCAGUACGAGUGGCCAUCUUCAUAUGUGCCGAAAGGUUGGGCAUUGGAGUUUAUUGCGGUGAGGGAAGGGAUUUUUUUUUUCGCCUUCUCCCAAAACGUCCCCCAUCCCUUAAGUGGGUUUGACACUCAUCCUAGGCUAUACUCGGAACAUUCAUCUACAUCUACAUUUAUGAAGUUGAUAAAAUCUUGUAAGACAUCACAUCAACAUCAACAUUUUAGACCAAGAUGGCUGCCUGUAACCCAUAGCGCUCGAUCGAUCUUGACGAUUUUAGGGAAAAAUUAGGGACUGUGAACAGUCCAGUAGAAUGCUGUCCCGGUAUCGCAGAGGUCAAGGGUUGGAAUCCUGUACAGGCCUGAGUAAGUUUUCUCAUCUAGUGUUCUCGUCCCUUUUACUUUUCUCAGGCAGCUGAGCAGAUCAAGUUGCUUUACAAACUCUUCCUUAAAGUCGAUGCAACACAGGUGGAAAUCAAUCCUUUUGGAGAAACACCCGAUGGAAAAGGUACUCCCUAAGUCCUUAGAGUGAUCAGCGUCAAAUUUCUCCUUGAAAUAUCAGUCACUUUAUAAAACAGAUGGGUGACAAGAAUUAAGGACAUCAUCACAACAGAAAUGACGAGUUUUAAAUACUUUAUCAACUUCUCCCCACUACUUCGGUAGAAAACUUAAAGGGGCACCAAAUAAGGAUUUUAAUUUUGGUACAUUGUAUUAGGAGUCAUAGGGUUAAGUUUCACCUAAAGAUGUUCGUCAUUCCUUUUUAACUUAUCUCCAUUAGAGAAGUGAGAGGAAGUUGUCUGAAAAGUCUGUGCGAACCGCAACCGAAUGCAGAAUGUAACCAUAACAACGCUGUGAAUGGCAACCAUCUUGCACCGUAAACCUGCAUUCCUCAGUGGAAAAAUUUAAUACUUACCCAAAGACAUACAGAAAGAAGGGAGGGUGGGGAACUAAAAGGCUUUUAGCAAUCGGACGUGACAGCCAACGUAAGCGAAAUAAAUAAAUUUACUAAGGACUGAGGUCCUGAGAAAGUCCUAGGACCACCCUGCGUUCAUUAGGGAGUUAAAACAGAAGCGUUUUUGAGCGGUUCCCAUUUGAUUUUCCUUGACGCUACCAAUUUUGAAUUGUUAAGUGAAAUUUGAACAAAACCACUGCCCAAAAAUGUAACUGAAAAUCCAUUUCGGAUUGCCGUCUGUUGCUCAAAUUGCGUUUGCUGACGUAACUUUAUUCAACGAGAUCCUGCGUUGUCUCUUGUUUAGCGUAGCCUGUGUGUAGGCCCAUUUUAAUCUCAGUAGACCUUAAAGCAGUUAAGUAGUUUGAAUGAAGGGAAAGAAAAAAACUGUGUUGUGCCUCGUUUUUUAAGUGGUGUGCUUCGACGCCAAGUUUAACUUCGAUGACAGCGCCAAGUUCCGGCAGAGAGAAGUGUUCGCUAUGGAAGAUCACAGCGAGAGUGACCCUCGUGAAGUGGAAGCUGGAAAAUAUGACCUCAAUUAUAUCGGCCUGGAUGGAAAUAUUGCUUGUCUUGGUAAGACUAUAAUACCGGUGGCUGUAAAGAAUGCUCAUUGAUAUAUAAUAAGCGAACGUUGCUACUGUACAGGCCAUUCGUGUUAUUUACUCAGGGAUUUGGGGGUUACGGUGGGGUUCUUGAAUAAGCUCUUCGCCAGUGUGAUGAUGUUGAUGAUGAUGAUGAUGAUGAUGACGAUGAGGACGACGACGACGACGACGAUGACGAUGACGAUGACGAUGAUGAUUGUUGUGGUAAAGGUGUCUGUAUUAAGAGGGGUCACGUUAUUUAACUUGCGCCCCCCCGGUUAGAGCCGGGGACGUUACUUUCCUUGCUAGGCAGGCUUGUCGUUCGCAAGGGUGAGUAGGGUGAGUGCAGCAGUUACUUUUAUCUUCCUACUAACUCUCUUCUUUAGUGAAUGGUGCUGGAUUAGCAAUGGCAACUAUGGACAUUAUCAAACUCCACGGGGGUACCCCGGCUAACUUUCUGGACCUUGGGGGAGGAGUACAAGAGGAAGGAGUGUUUCAAGCUUUCAAUAUUGUAACAAAGGAUCCGCGGGUAAGUAUAAGACCUGUUAACCCCUUCUCUCCUAGGAUGAAUGGUGGAGUCAGUCUAUUAUGUUGGCUCUAUAUUUUGAGUCUUUGGGCGAGACCCAAUGUUGUGACCAGUCAAAUGAAGGCUACUGAGCAGUACUUUCCUGUGGUACUGUUUAUUAUGCUGUACGAGGUGGUUCUAACUUUUGAGUCUGUGGAUGAAAUCCUAAAGUGUGACCAUUCAGAUGAAAGCUACUGAGCAGUACUUUCCUGUGGUACUGUUUAUUAUGCUGUACGAGGUGGAUCUAACUUUUGAGUCUGUGGAUGAAAUCUUAAAGUGUGACCAUUUAAAUGAAAGCUACUGAGCAGUACUUUCCUGUGGUACUGUUUAUUAUGUUGUACGAGGUGGAUCUAACUUUUGAAUCUGUGGAUGAAAUCCUAGUGUGACCAUUCAAAUGAAAGCUACUGAGCAAUACUUUACAGCGGUACUGUUUACUGUGCUGUACCUAGUGGAUCUACUUUUACGUCUGCGAAUAAAAUUCUUGCAGUGUGACCAUUCAAAUAAAACGUCCCUUUAGCCGCUCUUUCAAACGGUUCCCCUUAUUUUAUAGCAUUAUUUUUUCCCAAAAUGAAAUUAAGAAAUUGUAUCGAACUGCUGCCGCUGCUAUUGUAUGCUCCACGCUGCACGACCUGAGUAAGUAUUAAAAUAAUUUUUUCUCCAAUACUCCUUAAUGUUGUUGGUUUCCCAUGGUUUUCGCUUACAGGUCAAGUCAAUUAUGGUGAAUAUAUUUGGUGGAAUCGUUGACUGCUCAAUUGUCGCGAAUGGAAUAACUUCUGCUUACAAAAGGCUGAACGUACAAGUUCCUGUGAUAGUGAGGUUAGAAGGUAAGUGUGAAUUAGAUAAAUAGAUACUUUUUCACAGGUAAUAUACGCGUGUUGUUUGAUUCGAAAACGGGUUUGUUUUGAAGACGUGGUGUCGCCUGCCAUCUUUGAUUUUGAACGUAGAGAAAGACUGGGGAGAGUCUGGAGAGGCUAAAAUAACCCGUGGGGGAGGGAGAGGGGGUUAGCGGGCGUUAUUUAAAAGAUGAAUAACACUUUAUUUCGUGUAUGUCUGGUGAAAAGGAAGCGUAACUGUGAACCAGGGACUUAACAGGUUAAGCUUCACAAAUAAUUAUAUCACCCCACUUGUAAAUAGAUGGCAGGAUACUUUGCUUGGUCACAAUCUUUGAAAGUCUAAAAGGAUGAUUUGUCGCGCAAUUGUGUCGCGAGCUGACUUAACCGAAAUUAAUUUAUGACUUAUCUCCCUAUUUGUUCUGUGGAAAGAUGGUGUAGGUAUUGCGCAAAGGUUUCUAGCACAGACCAGUGCCAUGGCAUACAGCUAAACCUUGUCGUGACCAUUAAAUAUUUGAUAAUUAGGUGAAGUUGUCUUACCUUGCUUUUAAGUGGAUCAUGAGUUUGUAUUCAAAGAGGACAGACGGUAAAUUGUUGUUGCUCGAAAUAUGGUAGAGUCUCUUUAAUUAAGUAGCUACGACAUUAAGAUUUCCACCCUUUCAUUUUGUUCCUUGAACCGGUGUGUAAUUCCCCCGCUGUACAAAACACAGCAUGAAUCCCAACAAGUCACCUUAUUGUCAUUUUUGUCCUGAUUUCUAGGAACGAACGUGGAAAAAGCCAAACAUAUUCUAACCGAGAGCGGGAUGCCGCUGAUCCCUGCAGAUGACAUGGACGACGCAGCUAGGAAAGCUGUGAUUAGUCUGGUUGACUGAUGCUAUGGAUGUCGGUGGAACACAGUACGAACUUGGUCCAACGGACUUUCAAAACAUAGCGUUUGUUUGCCUGUUAGACCUCAAAAGCCCUGAACAGCUAUCGGAGUGGGUCUUUUUUAAUUAGCACUGGUAUAUGAUUAUUAGGGGGUGAGGCGAAGUGAAGUGAAGUGGGUACUUUGUCUUUUCAUGAAUUGUGCGUCCGUGUGCAGUCGAAUAAGAUAAGAUUUAAAGGAAAUAAUUCUCUAGAGUACCACCAUGUGGUGUAACUGCUUGAAAAUUACAGUCAAACAAACUGAGCUACAAAACGAAAGUCUUGAUGCCAUUUCAACAUGAUUUAAAAAAAGGCCCGUUAGGGUGCAACUACCUUCAUAAUACUGAACAAAUUUGCCCAGCUGCAAGAAAUACCGGUCACUAAGGCUGUAUUCACACUAAAACGGAUAACAUUCGUAUCAUCUUGAAAACCUUACCGGAUUGGCACUUUCUUCAUACAAGAAGCGCCAGUUUGGCACGAUUUUUGUGGCCCAGCUGAUUCCUGUUGCUACACAACGAAGCUCUCGUGAAAGUGAUUAUGCUGUUUGUACCGUGUCGGUUUUGAGCUGCUUUUUAUCUUGGCUGUACAAUAGUGCCGUGCACAAAAAUAAUUAUUGAUCCUGUAAAGUGUGAACAAAGACUCGACUUACCAUUGGUUGUUUCUCCACAUACAGUCGCGCAUUCGCCAACCUCGUUCCCAGGUUCUCUCUCCUACCCGUUCUCUCUCGGUCCUUAGCGACGGGUAGGAGAGAACCCCGGGAACGAGGUUAGGGUAUUCGCCACUUUAGUAACAAGAAGGGGACUGGAGGAGCGCAGUUGUUUCUGGGAUUGUACUGGGGACGCGCCCGUCAGCUAUUG